UCUCCGGUUUAAUUGAGUUUUAGGUUUCUUUUAAUGCCAGGCUGUUUUUCCUAUCCUGUCCAAUGGAUGUCACACAUGCAUUGGAUUAACUACUGUUGAGGAGUUAACUAGGGCCACCAUGAAAAAGCUAACUCAGGGAAUGGCUGAGCACAAUGAAGCAAUGUCAGCUGCCAAGACCGAUAAGGAGAAGAAUACCAUUAAAACUCAGAAGCAGAACACUACAUCCGGACUGCGAACCUGCAGUAAUAUCCUUGCCAUGACUAAGUCAUUGCAUUCAAAGACACCUUCAUUUAUUGGAGACGAGCAUCAGCCUCUCCUGGAAAGAGGCAGUCAAAGCUUCUGCACCUGCGACAAAUACGGGGACUGGCAUUGGUCACAAGUCCAGGAGGAGCAGAAAGAUUGUUGAGAACGACCCGCUAGUGCUGUGAAUGGUUCCGGUAAUGCGGAUCAAAAAAGGGACGUGGAGCGGGCGGUAUGCAAAACCAGCUUGUUAGUAGAGCAUUUGAAAGUUUGUCCCAGGGUGGGCGUGGCGGUGGGAGAGGAAGAGGAAGGGGUUGGGGUGGACGUGGAAGAGGAAGAAGUUAUCGGUAGAUUGUGGCCAUGCCUAACGCAACAGACGCGGAACUUUGUAUUAGAUAUGAGGUCAGUAAGAGAAAUUGUUCUACUGAUGAAAACGAAGUUUUGGAUGUGCACUAAAAUAUUUAGCUGGUAGCUUUGACCUGGACGCAUAUCACUGAUUGUAAUUUAAGCUUGAAUACAGACUAGUCUGAUUGCAUGAUCAACAGACUGUGUGACCUAUGUCAUUUGAACCCUUUAACUAUGUUGUUGGUUUAGACCUUAGAAUAUUUUCCGGUUGUC